CGCCAGACCGGGCCUUGGCGCAUGCGGAAGGCGGGAUUGGGCGGGACUUUAAGUGAGCUACGGUGGCCGGCGGGGGCCAGAGUUCACGUGAAUGGCGGUGCCAUGGCUGAGUAGCUACACCCUUAGCAGGUGAUGAGAAGGGAAAAGGAGAGACACCUGCAGCACUGCUCCACCACUCUUGAAGCUUCCUCCCUGCAGGUAGCAGCUGGGGGUUUGAUACAUGGUGAUGUUUGCACUGUACUGGGUGAGCCACCUUCCUCCACAACUCCGGCCUCCCCCGUGUGCAUACCCUUUAACCAGAUUCUUUCAACGAUGGCACAGUCUCACUGCUUUGCUGACUUCAGCAGGAUCCAGUUCAGUCCAGUAAUUAUAGCUUGACUGAAGAAACAUCUCAGACAUUCAUCACAUUUCUAAAAUUAAUAUUUACAGUUUGAGAGUUGUCAACCUUAUAAUUUCGGAAAUCAAAAUGAAAGCUGUCUUUGAAGCUUUGGAACAAUUAUACAAGAAGGUCCUUUUUGGAGCCCCACUUGACAGGGACAGCCAUGAUUACAUCUCUCAUCUGAACCCCACACUUGCAGAGCAGGAUUGCUCUGAAGCUGCCUCUUCAGAGUGCUCAGAUCUCCAGGGUGCCCAGGACACACCUCAGCUACCCGCCGUCAAUGUGUGUUUGAAGAGAAGCACUCAAAUGAGCAGUGCCCGGGAACUGACACUCCUUCAAUUAACAGUCAUGAGGGUGAUGAUAACCAGAAUAUUAUCCUUGGAAACCGAGUCCCCGGCAAAGGAGCAAUACAGACAUAUGAUUCUAAUUCUUUUAAAAUCAUCUGAAGUUGAUUUGAAGCUGAUCUGUAUGUUUCAAGACUCAGAUAAAUUGUUAUCUCACAUGGCCGCAAAGUGCCUUGCACUACUUCUGUAUUUCCAGUUGAAAGAAAAGAUGACAUUAAGUAAUUCCUGGAUUGCCUUUUGCCACAAAAGUCUUUCUGAAUAUUCUGGAAGUGAUAAAGUAGCACACUGCCUCUGGACUCUGACAGUUGUAGUAAAAGAAAUCUUUAAAGAUACAAGCUCACAAAAAGCAGAAAUUCUAAAGCAAUUCCUGGCUCCUUUUGACACUGUUCUAGAAGAAUUUUACAGUUCCUUCUUUUCUCAGCAGUUUGAAAAGCUCCAGGAUGCUUCUAAAACAAUAAACAGCUUAACAUGUUUCCUGGAAUUGCUUGAACUUCUCAUUGCUUCCAGAAUCCACCUGAAAUUACAUUUCACCUGCCAGAGGCUUUUGUUUUUGAAGCCUUCUUGUGUGCUCCGGGUGAUUACCUGGCCCGUCCAAGCUUUUGUUAAAAGAAAGUGCAUCAUAUUCAUCAAAAAGUGCCUUCUCUGGAAAGUGGGUGAAGACCUCUGUGGAGGCUCCCUCCCGGCCUUCGUGCCACCGGAUCCACACUUAGAUGGGGAUAUGCUGGCCUUAGCGAAUGCAGUUCUGCAAAGUGUGGAUUUGGGUUUGUUGAGGACAUUGUCUGUCCAUGGAAAACGCUCCUACUUUGGAGGUGAUGUGAUUCAGCCUGGAUGUGAGCCUGCCCCUGGUCCAGACCAUGUGAUCCUUCGAGCAGCAAGCCUCCUCAUCUUGAAAUCCUUAGAAAUCAAGUUUCAGCACUGUACUUCAGCAAAUGAAAUGAAAGUUGAUUUGCAGAGAUUCAUGUCUGAGUUACUGACCUUUGUAAAGCCUCACCUCCAGCCCUCCCUGACGUCCCAUAAUCCAUGUGAGUGGUUGUCCAAAGUCUUCAUAGAACAAGAUGAUGACAUGCUGGAGGCUGCCAAUGUAUCCUUGGGCAUCUACCGAAAGGUCACCAGAGAUUACAAAACUACUGAAAGCUUGGCCCAAGGAGAAAGAACGUGGAACCAGCAUACUCAUGAAAAUGGCUACAAUCCUCACUGCAUUUUCUUGUUUUUCUUAAGAAACAUAGGGUUUGAUUCUACAGUGCUUCUUGACUUUUUGAUUUCAUCAGAAACCUGUUUUCUCGAAUAUUUUGUCAAGUAUUUAAAAUUACUGCAAAAGGACUGGGAUAAUUAUUUCACCAUCUGCAAGUCCUUUGCUGUAACCGAGUCUAAAGACAGCCUAACUAUUUGUAGUUGUAGCCAUUCACUUUCCCAAGACAAAAGCCACAACCAAAAAGAACCUGGUCAUUUGGCUCCACUUAGAAAUCACAGAAAUGCUCACACUCAGGUCCCUGAGGCUGCUGAAUCUUCUCCUGAGCCUCUGAGCCCAGCUGUGAUGGCCAAGGAGACCCAGACCACACUGCAGACGAAGGACCUGGACUCCUCAAAAGCUCCUUGGAGUCUGGUCGAUUAUGACAGCUCCGAGGAUUCUGAAGUUGAAUCCCCAGACCAAUACUUGGCCAGUAGUAAACAGAUAUCUUUCCACCAAGAAGCCAUGAUGAAAAUUCAGGCCACAGACAAGAAAAAUGAGAUUAAAAAGGAAUGUAGCCUGGAGCCUCCCUCAAGGAUUCUAGUUCCAAAAGAAUUGACUGCCCCCUUCUCUGUGGAUUGUGACACGGCUUCAACCAGCAUUAUCUAUGAAGUGGGCAUCUCUCACAGAACUGUAAAGUGUUUCCAAGAACUGCAAGGUGCAGUUUCACGCUUACAGAAGAAAAAUCUUUUUCCGUAUAAUCCAACAGCACUUCUGAAAUUGUUGAAGCACAUUGAGGCAAUAUAUAAUAAAGACAUGAACCCUUUGUAAAA